AAAGAGUAGAGGGCAAAGUCUGGAGUCGAGGAUAUGGUUUUCGAUUUUAUGAUGGAGAACAGCGUCCUCGUUGGCUGCGCAAGUUCUUCUUCCUAUUCUUCUUGUUCUCGAUUCUCAUAUGCUUACACCCAAAGCAAUGAUUCUCGUCAACGAGAUGAGGUGAGAUGGGCGAUUCUCUUCUCACAUCAUUGUCAAUGGAGAAUCAUCACCCAUCCACGCUCUUGUCUAUGGAUUCAAGCGCAUCUUCUCACGAGGAACUGGAUUUGGAGAUGAAUCGGCAAGUCAUACUUUCCCGUCCGCCGGAUAUCAAUUUGCCCCUGUCAACAGAGCGCAGCCCGCCUCCACCGUUGUGGAAUUCUGACCCGUGCGAUAUAUUAGAUGUUGGCCUUGGCACUCAAGUGUAUGAGACUGAGAGUUUCCUCAACCCCAUUCCUAAAGGUGGAAAGAAGUGCUCAAAACGAGUUGAUAGUAUAUGGGGAGCAUGGUUUUUCUUCACUUUCUAUUUUAAGCCUGCAUUGAAUGAAAAAUCCAAGGCUAAGAUAGUUCGGAACAGCAGCGGUGUUUCAGGGUUCGAUAAAUCUGAUCUUAAGCUUGAUGUUUUCAUGGUUCAACAUGACAUGGAAAACAUGUACAUGUGGGUUUUCAAGGAGAGGCCGGAAAAUGCAUUGGGCAAGAUGCAAUUGAGAAGUUACAUGAAUGGCCAUUCUCGCCAAGGGGAGCCCCCUUUUCCAUUUAGUGUCGAUAGAGGCUUUGUUCGAUCUCACAGGAUGCAACGAAAACAUUAUAGAGGCCUAUCAAAUCCCCAAUGUUUGCAUGGCAUUGAGGUUGUUUCAUCCCCUAACCUUGCGGGAAUUGAUGAGGAUGAGCGGAAAAGGUGGAUGGAACUUACUGGCAGGGAUUUCAAUUUCACAAUCCCACCUGAAGCAAGUGAUUUUAGUUCAUGGAGGACUCUUCCCAGUACAGACUUCGAGCUUGAGAAGCAUCAUUCCACAAUCAAGGGUGCUUCAAAUGCACACCCAAAGAAACUGCUUAAUGGAUCUGGGCUUAACUUGUCAACUCAUCCUUCUAACCACAGUAAUGGCGAUGCAAUGGAUCUAUCCCCUAACAGCAAGAGGAGGAAAGAUUUCUUCCCCCAUGCUAAUGAUGAUGAUUGUCACUUGGUUGUUAAUCCUCCUUCGGAUCGGAUUCCAGAUAUGGAAAUUCACCCAAGUGAACCACAAUGGUUGAGUAAUUUCAGUGGAGUAAUGAGAAAUGCCUAUGGACCUGUUACGGCUGCAAAAACUAUUUAUGAGGAUGAACGGGGCUACUUAAUUAUUAUCAGUCUGCCCUUUGUUGAUCUCCCGAGCGUGAAAGUUUCUUGGAGGAAUACUUUUACUCAUGGUAUCAUAAAGGUUACUUGUGUGAGCAUGUCUGGGAAACCAUUUAUCAAGAGACAGGAUAGGACAUUCAAGCUUGCAGAUCCAUCUUCAGAGCACUGCCCUCCUGGUGAGUUUGUUCGAGAGAUUCCACUUUCUACUCGGAUUCCAGAAGAUGGCAAGCUAGAAGCAUACUAUGAUGAGCCAGGAUCAGUGCUGGAGAUCACGGUGCCGAAACUUCGUGAUGGACCUGAAGAGCACGAAGUUCGAGUCUGCCGUCGCCCUCAACUGGGUGGUAAUGAUUUUAUGUUAACUUGAAAUAUGCAUUUCGUUAAAGUUGUUUGGAUUGUCGCCACCAUGGUCCUUAUAUCAUUGUUUUACUAACAUUGUAUGAUACGGUGUAAUUUAUAUUUAAAGGCGUCUCAUUUUUGUCUUCAGCCUUUUCCUCACUAAUUGCCUUUUUCCCCUUGCAUUCAUUGGCAUUCAUUGUGUAAUGACUACUAAUCUUUUAUCAUCCAGUUCUCACCAUUCUUAAUUAUACACUUAUCUGGAUUGAUAUUUAAAGAUGAUUUCCUUCGCGAUAA